GUACUUUCGAUCCACAUUGGCCAAGGCGGCGUGCAGAUGGGCAACGCCUGCUGGGAGCUUUAUUGCUUGGAACACGGUAUACAACCGGAUGGUAUGUUGCCACCGCAGACUUGUACGAACGACGAAGGUUUCCAGACCUUCUUCAGCGAGACGGGCGGCGGAAAAUAUGUGCCCAGGGCCGUUUUCCUCGAUCUCGAGCCGACGGUGAUAGACGAGGUGCGCACGGGAACCUAUCAUCAGCUGUUCCACCCCGAACAGCUGAUCUCCGGCAAGGAGGACGCCGCGAACAAUUACGCCCGCGGUUUCUACACCCUCGGCAAGGAGAUCAUCGACCUCGUGUUAGAUAGAAUCCGCAAGAUAGCCGACAUGUGCGCCGGUCUGCAAGGUUUCCUCAUCUUUCACGCGUUCGGCGGCGGAACCGGAUCCGGUUUCGCGAGUCUGCUGAUGGAACGACUGUCCCUGGAUUACGGCAAGAAAUCGAAGCUCGAAUUUGCCAUAUAUCCGUCGCCGCAGAUCUCCACCGCUGUCGUGGAGCCGUACAACGCGAUUCUGACGACCCACACCACUCUGGAAAAUUCGGACUGCGCGUUUCUCGUGGACAACGAGGCGAUCUAUGACAUUUGCCGACGUAAUCUCGACAUCGAACGGCCGACUUACACGAAUCUGAACCGGCUGAUCGGCCAGAUCGUCUCCUCGAUCACGGCGUCUCUGAGAUUCGAGGGCGCUCUAAACAUCGAUCUUACCGAAUUCCAAACGAAUCUCGUGCCCUAUCCCAGGAUACACUUUCCCUUGACGACCUACGCGCCCAUCGUGUCCAUCGAAAAGGCUUAUCACGAGCAGCUCACCGUGAUGGAGCUCACUUCGGCCUGUUUCGAACCGGCCAUGCAGAUGGUCAAGUGUGAUCCUCGAAGAGGAAAGUACAUGGCCUGUUGUUUAUUGUACAGAGGCGACGUGGUGCCGAAAGACGUCAACGCCUCGAUCGCGAUCAUCAAGACCAAGAGGACGAUACAGUUCGUCGACUGGUGUCCAACGGGUUUCAAGGUAGGAAUCAAUUAUCAACCGCCGACUGUGGUACCAGGAGGUGAUCUGGCGAAAGUGCAACGAGCCAUGGCCAUGUUGGCGAACACCACGGCGAUCGCCGAAGCGUGGGGCAGAUUGAACAGAAAAUUCGAUCUCAUGUUCCACAAACGAGCUUUCGUUCAUUGGUACGUCGCCGAAAAUAUGGACGAGAACGAAUUUAACGAAGCUAGGGAAGACCUGGCCGCGCUGGAGAAAGAUUACCACGAAGUCGCGGCGGAUUCUCUGGACAUCGGCGAAGAGGAGUCUUAAUCGCUCCUUUGAAAAGACUUGCAUGCAUUUUGGUGGGAUAAAUGAACCCUUUUUUUUUA